CUCGUUCACACACCGGUCUUUCGUUAAGAAAUAUUCAACAUGUAAUUUAAAAUUCAUCCUAAAACAAAAGUUCUCUCUUAGUAAAAGGCAAAUGUAUCUGAAAUGAAAAUUGUUAAUUUCGUUUAUUUUGAAGUUUCUCCGUACAUUUCCAAACAAAAUUUAAAUGUUUCGAAGCCGGCCAAAAAGAGCCUUCCGAAAACAUUCGGGUUGUAGAGAGAGACAAACGAUCAGGUGAAGCGGCUUCGAAGGCUGCGGAGGCGGCCAGUUUGACCAUUUUUUGUUGGGCCGUUGAUUGUGAAAGAUUACACUUGAGAGUCGAAAUACAUCUUUACAUCACACGUCAGUGGGCACUGAGCUGUCUUCAAAGUAGCACGGAUUAGAUACAUGUCAUUUUCUUUACGUAACUAUGGCUGCGUCCAGGCUGUGAUAGUGAGAGACUGAAACAGUGAUCUACCGGGACUUUUGCAUGUGUUUGAACUGGUUUGGUGUUUUGAUAGGUCUACUUUUGUUUUUGCCGUCUUCAUUUAGCGACGUCCAUGGCUGUUUCGACACUGAACAUGACUCCUUACUUCACAGGAUAUUCCUUCCAAGGGCAAGGUCGCAUGAAUCAACUCGGUGGAGUCUUCAUCAAUGGUCGUCCACUACCAAAUCACAUCAGAUUGAAGAUCGUUGAAAUGGCAGCGGCGGGUGUGCGGCCUUGUGUCAUCUCGCGACAACUACGCGUCUCACACGGUUGUGUUUCCAAGAUACUCAACAGAUAUCAAGAAACUGGCUCUAUUCGUCCUGGUGUAAUUGGUGGAUCGAAACCGCGAGUCGCAACUCCUGAAGUUGAAAACAGGAUCGAAGAACUGAAGAGACAAAACCCAGGUAUAUUCUCCUGGGAAAUUAGAGAUAAACUAAUAAAAGAAGGAAUCUGUGAUAAAAACACUGCACCGUCCGUGAGUUCUAUUUCGAGACUCAUAAGAGGAGGCAAAAGGGACGAAACUGAUCCUAGAAGGAAUCACAGCAUUGAUGGAAUUCUAGGUCCGUCAUCUUGUGAAGACUCAGAUACAGAAUCGGAACCAGGUAUCCCGUUGAAAAGAAAGCAACGAAGAUCCAGAACCACCUUCUCUGGUGAUCAGCUCGAGGCUUUAGAACGCGCAUUCACCAGGACCCAGUACCCUGACGUAUAUACAAGAGAAGAGCUAGCGCAGAAGACUAAAUUGACUGAAGCUAGGGUACAGGUUUGGUUUUCAAAUCGAAGAGCCCGACUCCGUAAACAACUAAAUUCCCAACAAUUAAGUGCUUUCAACACGAUGUCGUUACAAUCCGCCUUCCCAUCAGUCCAUCAACAAUAUGAACCGCCUACAUCAUUUAAUCCUCAGUGCACAUCAUGGCAACCGUCAUAUUCUUCUGCAUUGGGAUCAAGUUCAGUAUUAAAUUCCGCUUUGGCUCCGUCCUUACAUCAAACGGCAUUAACCGCCCCUUCCGUUUGCCAGUCGGCUUUAGCAGCAUCAUCUUUACAUCCGCCAACUUCAUCAUCCUUUUCUUCUGGUAAUUUAACGCCAUUAUCGCAUUCGUCUGAUCUUACCGCUUCCUUGCAACCACCUCCUGAGACAACUCCUCCUAGUUCAAGUCCGGUUACUACCAGUCCUUCAGCCAAUCAGUCAAGCGCGAUAACCUACCCGCACUCUUCGUACGCCACUAAUGAUGCCGUGACACAUCCAUACGGCUAUGGAGAUUAUUCGAAACAAGAGCACGCUAUGUCUGCGCACAAUCAUUGGACUUCAAGACAACUCAGUGGACACGCACAAAACAAACUCGGGGAAGUAGGCUCUUGGCCUGAAAAUUAUAGUACAUUCUUCGGAACGAACCCAUCACACUAUGCAUCUCACGCGCACUCGCCCACCGAGGCCAAAUCUGGCUACCCCUAUUUGGGUCAACUCGGUGGUAUGGAUAUGGGCAGAGUACACUAACACUUCGCAUUAUUGUAUAAAAAUAUUUUUUUGUCUAUACAAACCGUCCUAUAUGUACAAAAUCAUAUCUUAAUGUGCCUUCGAAUCGAUCUUAACAAUAUUAAACGUCAAUAUCAUAUCAUUUACAAUGCCUUUGUUCUAUAUUGGUAGAUGACGACGAGUCCAAGUCCCCCAAGUGAUGUAAGAAUUAAUUAGUAUUACCCUUGGUUGUAUUAUAGAGCUUUAUCGAAAUGUCGUUCAUAGGUUUAAUGUAAUUAUAACUUUAUUAAUGGUUCCUGAAGUUAAUUAGAUUAUACCGGAUCCUUUUGUGUGUAGUUAAGCUGUUAUUAUAUUUUGUAAGUUGUUGAAUGUUACUUAUUUGUGAAUCAUCAAGUGUAAUGUGGUUUUAUAUCGAUUAUAUCAUUGUAUAAAUAUUCAGAUUAGUGCAUUAUAAUUAUGUAGUUGACAAAACUGGAAGAGAGCUCAUCGUUGUAUUUUCUUCGGUUUUCUCAAAGCGUAGAUGUAAUUAAAAUUACUUCAACGGUUUUAUCACGUAUCUAUUGAUUCCGAUGUUCAUCGUUUGUGUGG